AUCUGUAAAUUGUCUUCUAUCUCUUUCCCUUUCCCAUCGACCAAGUCGCGAAAAUCUGCAAAAAUCACUGCAGUGUGAAUUGUUAAUUGUAUUCCCUCAGUUCGAUUUUUACGUGCUCUGAAUAAAAAUGCUGCGAAAUUUGAUUUUGGAACUACCUGUAUUCUGCAGAAGUGCCAACAAUACGACUGUAAAAACUUCGAGACAUUAUGCAACAGAAGCGACAUUCAAGAUUAAACCAUAUCGCCUCCAUAGGUUCCAAAGUGGCCCCAAGGAAAAAGUCACUCUGACUCGUGACGAUGCCAUAAAAAUGUACAAGGAUAUGCAAACAAUAAGACGCAUCGAGACGGCAGCCGGGAAUCUCUACAAGGAGAAAAUUGUCCGUGGCUUCUGCCAUUUGUACUCGGGCCAGGAAGCUUGUGCCGUUGGAAUGAGGCAAGCAAUGAGGCCUAUGGAUAGCAUAAUUUCAGCUUAUCGAGUUCACGGAUGGACAUACUUAAUGGGCGUGCCCGUACAGGGAGUUCUUUGUGAGCUGACCGGUCGUAAGACCGGUUGUGCUCGCGGAAAAGGGGGUUCAAUGCACAUGUACGCCAAAAACUUUUACGGUGGGAAUGGAAUUGUAGGGGCUCAGAUCCCACUUGGAGCUGGAAUAGCUCUGGCCAAUCAUUACAGAGGCGACGGAGGAGUUUGUCUGGCCCUGUACGGGGAUGGUGCCUCAAAUCAAGGCCAAGUAUUCGAAGCCUACAACAUGAGCUACCUGUGGAACGUCCCCUGCAUCUUCGUGUGCGAAAACAAUGGCUAUGGAAUGGGAACAAGCGCUUCAAGGUCUUCCUCUAACACUGACUAUUAUACCAGAGGAGAUGCCCUGCCCGGAAUCUGGGUCGAUGGGAUGGAUGUACUUGCUGUUAGGGAAGCUACUCGAUUCGCCAUUGACUAUGCCACAAAAACUGGACCUCUAGUGAUGGAAGUCUUUACUUACCGGUAUUCAGGGCAUUCAAUGUCCGAUCCGGGAACUAGCUACAGAACAAGAGAUGAAAUCCAAGAAGUUAGACAAACUAGGGAUCCAAUAAUGCUGUUCAAAAACAAAAUCACUGAAACUGGACUGGUGUCAGAGGACGAGAUUAAGAAAUACGACACAGAAAUCAAGAAGGAGGUGGAUGCUGCCACAGUUCUGGCAAAAUCUGACUCAGAAAUUGAACUUAAGGAACUCACCACAGAUAUCUACUCGGCCAACAUUGAACCAAAAGUCCGGGGAACACACGUGAAUCAGCAAUUCCCCCAUGCAUCCCUCAAAAAGGCCGUCAACUUGUAGACAUCCACCCCAUAAACUUCUCAGCAUGUUAAUUAAAUUUUCUUGUUAACAUAUACAAAUACACUCUCUAUUAUGUACAUGUUCUCGAGGGGAUAAGCCUAAAUUAAAUGAGUACUUGAGCGCUAGAA